AUGCCUGCUGCACUUUUGAUCGGGGCCAUCACCCACGCUAGAAAGGAGUGGGAGGAUCUCGCUGCCAUUCUGACCCUGAAGGAAUUCCCCGAGGGCAGCCGAGAUGACUUUAUCCGCAAUUGCAAGGACGGCCAGUAUGACGAUGUGCUUGUGAUCUACCGGUCCAAUACGUCCACAAAGUUCACCGGUCCGUUCGAUUCGGAGUUGCUUGCAGUUCUUCCCAGAUCGGUCAAGUAUAUCUGCCACAAUGGCGCUGGCUACGACAACAUCGAUAUCGCCGGGUGUUCAGAAAAAGGAAUCGCGGUCUCCAGUACUCCAGUCGCCGUGAACCAUGCCACAGCCGAUGUGGGGAUUUUCUUGAUGAUUGGUGCUCUGCGCCAGGCCUAUGUGCCACUGUCUGCUCUUCGCGCCGGUCAAUGGCAAGGCAAGGCAACACUGGGUCAUGACCCCCAGGGCAAGGUGCUCGGUAUUCUCGGAAUGGGAGGGAUUGGAAGGGAAAUGGCCAACCGUGCCAAGGCAUUCGGAAUGAAGAUCCAAUACCACAACAGAUCGAGACUGUCGCCGGAGCUGGAGGGGGACGCCCAGUAUGUCUCGUUCGAUGAGCUGCUGGCCAACUCAGACGUGCUUAGCCUGAACCUGGCUCUCAACGCCCAUACCCGCCACAUCAUCGGCGAGAAGGAGUUCCAGAAGAUGAAGGAUGGCGUGGUCAUCGUGAACACGGCACGUGGUGCGCUGAUUGAUGAGAAGGCGCUGGUCGCCGCUUUGGAAUCGGGCAAGGUGAUGUCUGCUGGUCUGGACGUCUAUGAAAACGAGCCCGAGAUCGAAGCUGGUCUCGUAAAUAACCCUCGGGUGAUGCUGCUGCCGCACAUUGGAACCAUGACAUACGAAACGCAAAAGGACAUGGAGCUAUUGGUGCUGAACAACUUGCGCUCGGCGGUGGAGAAGGGCGAGAUGAUCACAUUGGUGCCGGAGCAGAAGGAUGUAUUCAAGGGACAGAAUGGUCAAUAG